AUGAGCUUCAUCGCUUCUAGAUCCGCUCUCAGAGCUCAGCUCCGACCUUCUUUCGCUAGGACUUUCGCCUCCACCCCUGCUGCUCACGCUCAAUCACUCAAAGAGAGAUUAACAGAGCUUAUCCCCAAAGAAAUCGAAAAUGUUAAAGCUGUCAGAGCUGCUCACGGCAACAAGAGCUUCGGUGAAAUGACCGUUGACCAAGCUUACGGUGGUAUGCGAGGUAUCAAAGGCUUGAUCUGGGAAGGUUCAGUUCUUGACGCUGAUGAGGGUAUUCGAUUCCGAGGACUCACCAUCCCCGAAGUCCAACAAAAGCUUCCCACUGCCCCUGGUGGCACUGAGCCUCUUCCUGAGGCUCUCUUCUGGCUUCUCGUUACUGGUGAAGUCCCUACUGAGGAACAAGUCAAGGGUCUUUCUCAAGAAUGGGCUGCUCGAGCCGAACUCCCUAAAUUCGUUGAGGAACUCAUCGACCGAUGCCCCAACACUCUUCACCCCAUGACUCAAUUCUCCAUCGCCGUUAACGCUCUUAACCACGAUUCCGCUUUCGCCAAAGCAUACUCCAACGGUGUCCACAAGAGAGAAUACUGGAAGACCACCUUCGAUGACUCCAUGGACCUCAUUGCCAAACUCCCUAACAUUGCCGGUCGAAUCUUCCGAAACGUCUUCGGUGACGGCAAGCUCCCCGCCAUUGACGCCAACAAGGACUACUCUGCCAACUUGGCUACCUUGCUCGGUUACGGUGAUAACAAGGAUUUCGUUGAGCUCAUGAGAUUGUACAUCACUAUCCACUCCGACCACGAAGGUGGUAACGUUUCUGCCCACACUGGUCACUUGGUCGGUUCCGCCCUUUCCGAUCCUUUCCUUGCCUUCGCUGCUUCUCUCAACGGUCUUGCCGGUCCCCUUCACGGUCUUGCCAACCAAGAGGUUCUCCGAUGGGUUCAAAAAAUGCGAGCUGAGGUUGGUGAAGAGCCAUCAGACGAGAAGGUUGCCGAAUACGUUUGGUCUACUCUCAAAUCUGGUCAAGUCGUCCCCGGUUACGGUCACGCCGUUUUGAGAAAGACUGACCCUCGAUACACUGCUCAACGAGAGUUCGCCCUCAAACAUCUCCCUAACGAUCCUGGAUUCAAGCUUGUUGGUCAAAUCUACAAGAUUGUUCCUAACAUUCUCCUUGAGGCCGGUAAAGCCAAGAACCCAUGGCCUAACGUCGAUGCUCACUCCGGUGUCCUUCUUACAUACUACGGUCUCCACCAACAAGACUUCUACACCGUCCUCUUCGGUGUCUCCCGAGCCUUUGGUGUUGUCUCUCAACUUAUUUGGGACCGAGCUCUUGGUAUGCCCCUCGAACGACCUAAGUCUUACUCUACCGACGCCAUCAAGAAGAUGUUCGAAGGCAAAUAA